AUGGAGCCUCUACAUUACAUAGAGCCAUCAGAGUUAGUAGAGAUUCUACGUAAUACUCAUACAUCCAAUAAACUUCCUGUAAUUAUUGAUGUGCGUGAUACGGACUAUGCUGGUGGUCAUAUUCGCUCAGCGGUAAAUAUUCCAGAGGAUCAUUUCAUGGACGACCAUGACGUUGAUGCUCUUGUGGACAAGUACAAGGAUGAAGAUCUGAUUGUCUUUCAUUGUAUGAUGAGUCAAGUACGUGGACCUUCCUGUGCAAAAAGGUUUAAAUCUCGGAUGGAAAUUAUGCUACAAGAUACAGCACCAAAACCCCGAGUGCUUCUUCUGCAUGGUGGCUAUGAACGCUUUGGCAGUAUCUACAAAAAUGAGACUGACCUUAUUGAAAUGGACGACUGA